AUGGGAGAUUUACUCAAACGAGAGAUCGAGAGGAAGCGCAAGGAGCGCGAAGAAACUGCCCAAAAGCUGGGCGUCACGGAUAAAAAGUACAUUAAACGUGGUGAUUUGGAACGGUUACGACAAGAUGAGUAUCGACAAGAGCAGGAGCGAAAAGACCAAGAACGUCUCCUCAAACAAGGCAUACAACAACAAUCCCUCGCUUCAAAGUCUGCCCCCGGCACCUCCAGCAACGUACCAGACAACACAGAUCCCAACGACGCCGAAUACACACUCACCGAAGACGAAAUCAUACGUCGACUACGAGCCAUUGAGCAACCAAUCCGACUCUUUGCCGAAUCCGAUAAAGAACGAUAUAAACGCCUACGCACAGUUGAAUCCCAUCUUGACGAACGUCGUGGUCAUGAGGGCCAGGGCAAUGACUGGAGAAAGGCAAUGGAGACUACGAAUAAGGAGCUCACGUCUGCGUUACUGUCAAAGGGGGGGACCACUGACGACGACGCAGCACGCAAACGCAAGAAACUGGAUGUAGAUGAAGACGCAGUACAAGUAGACACAACAUCAAUAAGUCUUGAAUUAUACGAACGUGAGCCAGACACGUGUCGUCGUCUUGUCCGUAUGUACUUGACACGCAUGCUGAAUGAGUGGGAGUCGGAUCUGAAGGGAAGAGGUGAUGAAUGGAAGUCGUCCGGGCAAGGGAGGAUGCAGAUCGCGACAAUGAACCAGUCGCUCGAGUACAUGAAGCCGUUUUUUAAGGGGUUGAAAAAGAGAGAGGUGCCGUUGGAUGUUGAGGCCAAAAUUGCAGAGAUAUGUCAUUGGGUGCAGGAGAGAGAGUAUCAGACUGCUAAUGAUGUGUAUUUGAGAAUGAGUAUUGGGAAUGCGCCGUGGCCUAUUGGUGUUACUAUGGUUGGUAUUCAUGAACGUAGUGGUCGUGAAAAGAUCUUUUCGUCUCAAAUUGCUCAUGCAUUGAAUGAUGAAACGCAAAGGAAAUGGAUCCAGUCCAUAAAAAGGCUAAUGACUUGGGCUCAACAGAAAUAUCCACCUGCUGAUCUAUCUAAGCUUAUGGGUUGA